AUGCUACUUCCUAUAGUCGUCAUUAUUGUUGGAAGUUUGCUUGCACUCUUGAUGUUUGUUCUUGAAAUUGCAAAGUUUUAUUGCAAAUCCAGUCAUUUCAAAAACUUUAAAGUCACACCUCAGUUAAGUCAUACUUUGAAGAGCAAAAUAAAUCUGAGAAAAUGGAAAGAAAAGUUUGUAAGAAAAAGUUCAAAAGCAUCAAGAACAUCUGAUGGAAUUGUAUCAAGGAAAGAAGUUGAGCAGAUCAUAAUUGGAAUUAAACGUGAGACAAUAAAACAAAUAAAGUUUCAAAAGGAAGAAAGACUCAAAGGCGGAUAUUGGGUAGCUAAGAAAUUCAAGCAUGGAAAAAAUAAUUGUAUUGAAAAGGUGUAUCCAGUUGUCACAGCAACUACAUCUUAGCAAGCUGAUUAAUAAACUAUGAAUCAAUGAUAGAUGCAUCAACAUUGAAAUUAAGCAGCACCAAAUCCACUACGACAUACUUGCAUUUUAUCAAAUUAAAAUCUUUCUAUUAAGGUUCAAUUGAAUUUCAAUUUGAUUGAUAAGCUUUG